CAAGAUCGAUCCGUUGGCAAGUAUUUACUGUUUACCGCGCCAACGCUGGCGGGAGAAAAAAUGCGUUCUAACCUUUUUUGUAACACGCGUCGCCUCGUGCGAUGGCACAUGUAUAUAAGAAAUGAAUUUCGACGUUACUAUCAAUGCCACUACUGAAGCUGUAUGCCAAAGUACUCGCUCUAUUGAAUCUUCUUCGAAAUAAGUAGUCCCGACGGUCAAAUUGCAAGCUGAUUAUUAAUUUCCUUCAAAAGUCGUCGAAAGUCACCGCGGCCAUGUUGGGUAAAGUUAUGAUUUUAUUGACCUUGGUAUCGCUCAGCGUAUCGACCGAAGCUUUAGUUCUUUUUCCAAAGGACAGCAAUGCAACAAUUGAAACUCAUAUAUUCAAUCAAGACGUUGAUUGGCCCAAUGCAACUUCGCUUUGUCAAUUUCACGCAAUCGACAUCAACGGCAAAAACGUGUCAUUCGAAAAGUACAAAGGAAACGUAGUGAUCGUCAUAAACGUGGCAAGUAAAGGGGCAUUUGUAAAUGAACACUAUGAAGAGUUGCAAAGAUUGUACGAAAAGUACAGAGAGAGAGGCCUGAGAAUUUUGGCUUUUCCGAGCAACGAUUUCUUCGAUUCGGACCCCUGGAAUGUCACGGAGAUUUUAUACGACAUUAAUUGGUACGGGAUGGAGUUUGAUUUUUUCCAAAAAAUUCAUGUCACUGGCGAGAAUGCCCAUCCUUUGUGGAAAUGGCUGGUCAAAAAAACUGAAUGCACUGCGCAAAGGAGCAAUAAAUGUGGUCCUAUUUACUACAAUUUCACUAAAUUUGUCCUUGACAAGUUCAGCUGCGUCGAAGCGCGCUUCCAACCACAGGACAACCCCCGCUCUGUUGAGAGCCCAGUAAUUUCUUGUCUUAAGUUUAAAUACCACGAUUACCAAUAUUAAGAAGCUUUAUACAAUUUUUUUAUAUUUAUACUUUGAAUAAAAAAAUCUAUAACUCCA